CCGUUGAAGAGCUGACGUCAUGGCCCGUGCUAGGAGGGAAGAGGACUGGGCACGGGGCAUUAACAAGUGGGACUGAGUUAAAACAACAUCGAAGAACAACAAAACAACAUCAAAAUGAGUAUCAACGCUGUGAGGUUUGCUGUGGUUGUCUUUGGAUGGUCUCUGACACUCUCCUCAGCCACCCAAGUGGGUCUGAGUGACAAAGUCCUGGUGUUCCCCUAUGAGACAGACUUCAGCUUCGUGGCCCUGAUCCCUCAGAAGGAGAUGGGGCUGAGGGCCUUCACUCUCUGCAUGCGUGUGGCCACUGAGCUGCCGGAGGACCGUCAGAUCAUCCUGUUCGCCUACCGCACACCCGACUAUGACGAGCUCAACGUGUGGCGUGAGAGGGACGGACGCGUAGCCUUCUACAUGAGCGGCGACGGCACCUUCUUUCACCUGCCGCCCCUCACCACCUUCCGCACCAGCCUCUGCCUGACCUGGGAGUCUCGCACAGGCCUCGCUGCUUUCUGGGUGGAAGGGAAACGCAGCACCUACCAAGUCUACAAACCCGGGCACACUAUCCGUCCAAAGGGUACCGUCUUCCUGGGGCAGGAUCAGGACAAACACCUGGGGGGUUUAGAGGCCGUGCAGAGCUUCGUAGGGGAGGUGACCGAUCUGAAUAUGUGGGAUUUUGUGCUCUCCAGGAGCAUGAUCCAGGCCUGGCACUACGGGCACAAGGUCCCCAAGGGCAACGUCUUUGACUGGGGCACGAUGGAGUACGAGCUGAACGGGAACGUGAUGGUGGUGGAUGAUGACUGACUCGGCGUAGAGUCGAAUGCAGAGAGGGUUGAGGCUUUAGAGAGCUGUGUUGGACUGAUACUGAUUUUCUUUCUUAGAUUCAGUGUUUUAUGUUAGGGCCUUUCAACUGUUCUUCCAUAAAGUCCACCGUCAGGGGGCAACUCCCGGCCAAUGCGGAAGUGGCUUAAACUUAAAUAGCCUGAAUAGAAGUCUAUGAGAAAAUGACCCUACUUCACACUUGAUUUAUUACCUCAGUAAACAUUGU